CCCUCUCGUGAACCUUACUGCUCGACAACACGUCCUCCUCGUUUGAUUCGUGUUUGACGUGUCAUGUGUGGCAUGCAACAUUAAUUAACAGCGGUAUCGAAGUUUGUUUUUAUCUCUCUUUUUCUUUAUUUCCCCCUUUUUCUGUUUAGCUUCUGAACGAGAGCUUUAGAGGACAAAAGCUAAAACAGCCAAUGGGCGGACGGCUUGUUACGGUGUCCGACAUUUCUGGAGGAUGGGAAGAUGGGGCGUUACAGAUACUCAGGAAAUUAUUAUUCCUUUGUUUAUUUUCCACCUCACGUCUGUCAGCUGGAGUGUACAGUGCUUUGUAAACGCGGCUCUUGUCUCUAAGGGGUGAUUCUUUGACACUCAACAAGCUCACCAAUGAAGAAAAAGCCUUGUAAUCCGCCGCGUCCCAAACGCAGCAGGCAGGUCAGCGCUAGCAAUGAGUGUGGUGCAGAGCCAGGCACUGUGCUGGGCUCUAACCUCCAACUAAACUCCGAAACUGUCCCACAAUCGACCUCACAAAUCAGGAACCUGGCUAUGUCGCAGCACAGUCACAACCUCCUCAAGUUCUUGAAUGAGGACCGGAGCCGACAGAGGUUCUGUGAUGUGUCUGUCUCUGUGGGUGGGAAGCUCUUCAGUGCCCACAAGGUGGUGUUGGCCCAUGGGAGCAGCUACUUCCACGCUGAACUGUCCAAAAACCCUGCUACAGCACAUGUGACCCUGGACCAUGUGGAGGACUCUGUUUUCCAGCUCCUGCUUGGCUUUUUGUACACUUCUGAGUGCGUUGUCGCAGAAACGGACCUCCCAGCUCUUACUGAGGCGGCUCGAUUCCUAGACAUGAUGGAUAUACUUAAACUGCUGUGUGAAGAAGGGGACAACAACCCAGUACGAGUGAUCCAGGCACAGGAUGAGACAAGAGGGUCCCCUGAGGGCGAAAUGAUGUUCAGUGACUCUCCAGCAGGGGACACAGACAUCCAGAGCCAAUGUGAUGUUCAGUACACCAUGUGCGGUCGUCAGUUUACCACUGACAGCUCCCAGCACAACCACUUGGCUGAGUGUCACACUGAUGUGCAGCAGGAAACCUCGACAGAGAAGGAGAAGACGGCACCUCAGAGGACUGCAACCACACGGAGGUCGGCUCGCAGGAGGAGAACACCCACCAAGUAUCAGAGAGAAAACGUGGAGUACUUUAUCAACGCUCCUGAGGAAAAACAAAGGACUGUAUAUGUACGCAGAGAUCAGGAUGAAGAAAGAAUGGAAGCAGUGGGGAAGGUGGUCGUGGAAAACCAAGCGCCCAAACUGGAUGAGAACGAGACGUCUGCACAAGACGUAAUGGACGAAGAGGAAGGAGAACAGGAAGGAGACAUGAAUGAGGAUGUGGCGGCCCAGAGAAAAGUUAUCGAUGUUUGUGCAGCAGACAAGAACGAAGGUCAGCACGCUUCAGAUGUUGUCAGGACAGAGCACCAGGCUGAUGGAGAAGUGGAGGCGCAGGUGCCAGCAGCAGGAAGUUCGACCCAGAGUUCAGUGUACCCUGAAGGUCUGGCUCCUGUCAUCAUCAAAACCUCCAGCAAGAAGAUUCUCAAGUGCCCCAAAUGCGACAAAACCUUCGACCGAGCAGGGAAAUAUGAGAGUCACACCAGAGUUCACACAGGAGAGAAACCAUUCCAGUGUGACAUCUGUCUUCAGCGCUACUCCACCAAGUCUAACCUGACCGUACACAAGAAGAAGCACACCAGCGACGCUCCCUUCCAGAAGAAGGAGCACAAAUGCCCCUUCUGUAACAAACUCCAUGCCAGCAAGAAAACCCUGGCCAAACAUGUCAGGAGGUUUCAUCCAGACCACAUCCAAGAGUUUUUUACCAAGAGGAAGAGGAAGAGUGAAGGCUGGAAAUGUGCUAUUUGCCUGAAGACCUUCACCCGCAGGCCACAUCUACAGGAGCACAUGAUCCUGCACACCCAGGACCGACCUUUUAAAUGUUCCUUCUGUGACGAGUACUUCAAGUCCAGGUUUGCCAGACUGAAGCACCAGGAAAAGUUCCACUUAGGUCCCUUUCCCUGUGAGAUUUGCGGCCGACAGUUUAAUGACACAGGCAACAGAAAGAGGCACAUUGAGUGCACACACGGAGGAAAAAGAAAGUGGACCUGCUUUGUUUGUGGGAAAUCCGUCCGGGAACGGACAACCCUGAGAGAGCACUUGAGGAUCCACAGUGGGGAGAAACCUCACCUCUGUAGUAUCUGUGGCCAAAGUUUCCGCCAUGGCAGCUCCUACAGGCUUCACCUCAGAGUUCACCAUGAUGACAAGCGCUAUGAGUGUGACGAAUGUGGAAAAACCUUCAUACGCCACGAUCACUUGACCAAACAUCAGAAAAUACACUCUGGUGAGAAAGCACACCAGUGUGAAGAGUGCGGCAAGUGCUUCAGGCGCCAUGAUCAUCUGACAGUCCACUACAAAAGCAUUCAUUUGGGAGAGAAAGUUUGGCAGAAGUAUAAAACUGCUGUGCAUCAGUGUGAGGUUUGCAAGAAGGAAUUUAAAGGAAAGUCCAGUCUAGAAAUGCACUUCAGGACCCACUCAGGUGAGAAACCUCACAGAUGUCCCGAGUGCAACCAGACAUUUCGGAUCAAGAAGACCUUGACAAAGCACAUGGUGAUACACUCGGACGCUCGUCCGUUUAACUGCCCCCACUGCAGCGCCACCUUUAAGCGAAAAGACAAGCUCAAGUACCAUGUUGACCAUGUGCACAGCACCCGGUUCACUGAGCCUCCCCUCGGUACGCUCAGUGAGGACAAAAUAGUCUCCAUUCCUUUUGAGGAGACCUCUAAGGUGUACCGUGCUGAGCCUAAGUCAGCCCUCCAGAGCAGCCCUCCACCUACGAAUGUCUGCGUACCCGUCACUUUAGUUCCUGUCCAGAUGGCAGGAGGAGCGCAGGGCGAUCUGAACGUUCACAGGGCCUCAUCGAUCUCCUCCCAAACUCACAGCGUUGUGAGCAUGCAGGCCCAAGGACCGCAGCAGAACUCCAGCUACCAGGCCGCUACAGACCUGGCAUUCUUAGAAAAGUACACGCUCACUCCCCAGCCAGCUAACAUCGUCCACCCUGUGAGGCCUGAUCAGAUGCUGGACCCACGGGAGCAGUCCUACCUGGGAACGCUGCUAGGACUGGAUUCUGCUUCGUCUGUGCAGAACAUCUCUAACUCUGAUCAUACACACUGAUGCUCUUUUAAUAAGAAUAGAAACAAGUAUUGUCUUCUGGAUAAAAUGAUUACAUUUAGGUCAAAAACUACUCUGGUGCAGGAUGGGAUUCCUGUUUUAUGCUCAGCCUGAUCUCAGGAAAUUCGCACCUCAUUAUUACCAAAAUAAAUGUAUUUGUGUGACGUACAAAAAACGAAAACUGUGUGGAUUGAAACAGGGUUUUUUCUGCUGUAACUAAAGUAAAACAAAGACAAAUAUCACAACUCUCUAAAACUGAAAGAGACAAGUGUGACAUUUUUGUUUCAAUAAAAACAAGAUUAAAACAAAUUUUAAAUGUUAUAAAUUCAUGUAAUGAAAAAUUCUGUUUUCCUAAAGCAAAUGUUUGAUGAUCUGUGGAGUUUGUGGGAGCACAGAAUAACUUGUGUUUUAAGCUUUGUGACAUUUUUCAUUGUAUUUUUAUUGCUAAUUAUUUCUUAAAUUAUCCGCUGAUAGGCAGAACAGUAAUUGAUGACAAUUUUGAUAAAGUUAUGAAUCUUUGAAGAUAUUUAUCCAGUAUUAAUAGUGAUUUGAUAUUCGAUUUUGGUUGCAGUAACUUAUGAUAAAGCAUCAUAUUUUUAAAAAGUGAAUUUGCUUACCAAUUAAAUAAAAAUCUUUAUGUAAGGAAAUCGAUAAUGAAACAUGUAACUCAAAAGUUUCCAGUUCAUAACUGUGAUGUGAGGUUAAAAAAUACUGAAGGAAUUAUUUUACUUCCCAAAAGCUCCGAUCAGCGAUGUUAGCGAGUGUUUUUGGAAUACCUCCGAAAGGUAGGCUGCCCAUUCACAAAAUGCUACAAAUAUUAAAAUAGGUUCAUUAUUUCCUGUUGGGACGUUAUGUUCAACAUUGAUAUGUACGUCACAGGGCUGUACAUUAACUUGUUUUGCUUAUAGCACUGGUGCUACAGAGAUUGAUAGUUUUGUAGGACAAUCUACAAAAUCUCUAUCAUUGGUAUGUAACUAUAGUUACAAACAACUCAUAUGUAGGCUACACUCUAGUCUAGAAAACAUGUAAAAUAAGAUGUCACUGGUGCCAAGGUGGUAAAUCAUCCAUAGCACAGACUGGUGUAGCAUGUGCUAUAGGCUACAUCUGUAUUUUUACUGUACUGUGACUUAUUGUGAAGGACUGAAUAAAUACGGAACCGGACCGGGUGCGUUGAUUACGAUGGUUGAUAACGGUGAUAUGAAUUUGGCUUACCCACAAACAUACAAUUUCCCCAGAAAAAAUCAGCAGUCCC